AUGUUAUUAUUAUUCGUUGCUCUGAUAGCUAACACUCAUCAAAGUUCUGAUAUUUGUGUUCUUAGUGAUAAUCAUCCAGGCACAAGAUGUUAUGAAUCUGAUCAUAUUAACUAUACAUGUUGUCUUCACACUGAUCAUUGUCAAGAUGGUAAAUGUUCUCCAUUGGGUAUAACUGCACCUUCAAAAUUAUUAUCAACUGCAGAUUUUAUAUUUAUUGGUAUUGGUGCAGCUUUUUGUGGUGUUCUCUGUUUGACCAUUGCUGCUAUACAUUACCAUCGUAGACAAAUAACUAAUACACAGAAAAGACCGAAUUCAUUUGCAUCAUUUUCUACACCUUUCAAUGUUUCACCACGAGCAAUGAGUUCAGCUGGUGUUCGAAUACAUUCAUCAAUUAACAUGGAAUUAACCACAAUUAAUAUAUAA